CCCAAAGCGGGCUCAAUUGCCCACCGCCAUUACCUGCCUUUAUAUAAAACGUUCAUAAUAGUCGUGCAGCACACGCUUCUCAAACAAAAGGUUCCAAGACCAGACCUACUAUCUGGUACACGAAUCAAGAUGUCAACACAACUACCCACCGCUCCCACCGAUUUCUCAGUGGAAGCCCUCAUCCGUUCCUUCAUGACAAUCAUCCUCUCUGAAAUUGGAGACAAAACCUUCUUCAUCGCCGCCAUUCUUUCCAUGCGCCAUCCUCGCCUCGUCGUCUUCCUAGGCGCUCUUGGUUCCCUUGUGGUGAUGUCUAUUCUUUCAGCUUCACUGGGUCACAUCCUGCCCACGCUUUUACCCAAGAAAUGGACUCAGAUUAUGGCUGGGGUGCUGUUCCUGGUCUUCGGGAGUAAGAUGAUGAUGGAAGCAAGGGAGAUGGGUGGCAAGGGAAGGGAAAAGGUUGAGGAAGAGAUGAGAGAGGCGGAAGAGGAGAUAGACGAGGAUGAGAUUGAGGCGGGAGGUAUUAUUCCGCUUGAACGGCUUGAGGAGGGGGAAGUGGUUCCUUCAUCUCCAAGUACGAGAAAACAUAAAAAUUUGGGUUCGGGUGUCACGGAAGGCGUAAGGAAUUUUUGCAGUCUUAUCCUGGGGCCUGUUUUCGUGCAGUCCUUUGUGCUUACUUUCCUUGGGGAGUGGGGGGACAGGAGUCAGAUUGCUACGAUUGCUUUAGGUGCUGCUGAUAAUGUGUAUCUCGUGACGCUAGGGACGGUCAUUGGCCAUACGUGUUGUACAGCGCUGGCUGUCAUGGGAGGGCGUUACGUAUCGAGUAAAAUUUCGGUCAAGCAUGUAACCCUAGGAGGUGCAACCCUCUUCCUCAUAUUCGGCGUCAUCUAUCUCUACGAUGCGCUUGCUAGCUCUGCGGAAGAACUCUCGAUACCCAUUAGUCCUAUGGGGGAGUCAUGAGCCAAUAUCUAUUUUUGGUGAUAAUACUCCAGCGUUGUGCCUGCAUUGAUAAAACGCUUCACAUUUCAGGUUUCUGGAUUGGAUACUUCACUCACUGUGUACUUCAGUACUAUAUA